CCUCCACCCUCCCCCUUGCCAGAGUAGGAACAUUGAGGGUUGAUGGAAAACACAUGUAAUAAAUUCAGCCAGAAAUCCACCAGUCUGUUGUUGAGUGUCCACUCCAGGGCCAGGGCUGGGAUGGAAGAGGCUGGAAGGAGGAUAGAAAGGGAGGGGCAGAGAGAGGAAAACCGGAGCAGCUGGGUCAGCAUUCCCGAUGCGGACAUUGACUCAGGCUCCGGGAAUGCCAAGGAAGGGGGUGGCAGCUGCCGGAGCCAGGCUGGGAUCCUGUUGGCACCAGGGAUGUAGGCACAGCACUCACAGAGGGAUGGGGGCUGGGACACCUGCACACCCAGACAUAUCUCCCAACCACAGGUGGAAACAGGUGUCUCUUCCCCUGCGGGGAGCUCUGAGUGCUCCCCACGCCUUCGAGGUGAUUCUCACAGCUCUUCACCUGCCUGAAACACCCACUCCACCUCCUCCACCUGAGAGAGGGACAGGCUCCAGGGACUCAAAUCUGGACAUCUGGACAUACAUUGGCUGCUCUCCUGGAACUACCCACAAACCCCUUGCCUCAUCUCUAGACUCUGAGCUGGCUGCAACUUGCCCUUUCUAACUCCAGCACCACCCUCUACUGAAAUUAGAACAAGGAAGACAGUUACACUGACCUGCCUCCAUGUUCCCUGCUUUGGUGCCUGAUAAUGAUGAGGGAGGCCCUUGGAAUAGGGGCUCAGAACUCUGAGAGCCCAACUCUGCCCAGCGCCCAUGCUCCCACAUGCUCCAAGCCACCUCCCCCCAUAAAGGGUUCCUCUAGCUUGUCCUCAAUGACCCAGGAGGGAGCUGAGGACCAAGCACCCAGAUUAUCAGGUGUGCCCCUUCCCUCCCAGCAGCCCCAGCCUUCGGGGCUGGAGCAGCUGAGCAAGUAGGGGCCCCUCCCUCUCGUUGCCUGACACCCAAUCAGAGAGAAACGGAUCCUGGCAGGGCAGGGUGCCCGGGGCUGGGCCCAGAAUAGUGCGGCCCAGUCACAGUGUUGCACACUUGCUCUCCGUUGGUCUGGGGCUGGCCACAUGGAGCCAGAGCUGGAGCACGCACUGCACAGGACCCCUUCCUGGAGCAGCCUUGGGGGUUCUGAGCAUCAAGAGAUGAGCUUCCUAGAGCAAGAAGACAGCAGCUCAUGGCCAUCACCAGCUGUGACCAGCAGCUCAGAAAGAAUCCACGGGAAUUGGAGGGCCAAGGCCUCGAGAUGGACAAGGCAGGAGGUGGUGGAGGAAGGGGAGCCACCGGGUCAGGGGCAAGGUCCCCGGUCCAGGCCAGCUGCUGAGUCCACCGGGCUGGAGGCCACAUUCCCCAAGGCCACACCCUUGGCUCAAGCUGAUCCUGCCAGGGUAGGCACUCCACCAACAGGGUGGGACUGCCUCCCCUCUGACUGUAUGGCCUCAGCUACAGGCUCCAGCACAGAUGAUGUGGAGCUGGCCACGGAGUUCCCAGCCACAGAGGCCUGGCAGUGUGAGCUAGAAGGCCUGGUUGAAGAGAGGCCUGCCCCAUGCCCGUCCCCGCAAGCCCUAUUUCCCAAGCUGGGCUGGGAUGACGAACUGCAGAAACCCGGCGCCCAGAUCUACAUGCGCUUCAUGCAGGAGCACACCUGCUAUGAUGCUAUGGCAACUAGCUCCAAGCUGGUCAUCUUCGACACCACGCUGGAGAUCAAGAAGGCCUUCUUUGCUCUGGUGGCCAACGGUGUGCGGGCAGCCCCUCUAUGGGACAGCAAGAAGCAGAGCUUUGUGGGGAUGCUGACCAUCACUGACUUCAUCCUGGUGCUGCAUCGCUACUACAGGUCCCCCCUGGUCCAGAUCUAUGAGAUUGAACAACAUAAGAUUGAGACCUGGAGGGAGAUCUACCUGCAAGGCUGCUUCAAGCCUCUGGUCUCCAUCUCUCCUAAUGACAGCCUGUUUGAAGCUGUCUACACCCUCAUCAAGAACCGGAUCCAUCGCCUGCCUGUUCUGGACCCGGUGUCAGGCAACGUACUCCACAUCCUCACGCACAAACGCCUGCUCAAGUUCCUGCACAUCUUUGGUUCCCUGCUGCCCCGGCCCUCCUUCCUCUACCGCACUAUCCAAGAUUUGGGCAUCGGCACAUUCCGAGACUUGGCUGUGGUGCUGGAGACAGCACCCAUCCUGACUGCACUGGACAUCUUUGUGGACCGGCGUGUGUCUGCACUGCCUGUGGUCAACGAAUGUGGUCAGGUCGUGGGACUCUAUUCCCGCUUUGAUGUGAUCCACCUGGCUGCCCAGCAAACCUACAACCACCUGGACAUGAGUGUGGGAGAAGCUCUGAGGCAGAGGACACUAUGUCUGGAGGGAGUCCUUUCCUGCCAGCCCCAUGAGAGUUUGGGGGAAGUGAUCGACAGGAUUGCUCAGGAGCAGGUACACCGGCUGGUGCUAGUGGACGAGACCCAGCAUCUCUUGGGCGUGGUGUCCCUCUCCGACAUCCUUCAGGCACUGGUGCUCAGCCCUGCUGGCAUCGAUGCCCUCGGGGCCUGAGAAGAUCCGAGUCCUCAAUCCCAAUCCUCUUCCACACCUGGAAGACAAUGAAGGGAGCCAGGGAACUCAGCCUUCAUCUUCCCCCACCCCCAUUUGCUGGUUCAGCUAUGAUUCAGGUAGGCUCUGCCCUGGG